CUUCCGCGAUUCGGAGAUCCCCAGGCAUGCGGGGAACAUGUUUUUAGUGCACUGUACCCCGGACACUCACUGCGAUAGCGCCCUGUGUCAUGGUUAUCUGCGGGGGAUACAAAUUGUUGACGACACCCUCGGCCACCGUCUCGGAGAGACGCAGAAUCUCUGACUGAGCUCACAGCCUCACUCUGUCGUUGUCAAUUGAAUCAAGCCUCAGGGUAUUGUACUGGAGACUGAGUUGCGGGCUUGAAAGAGACUACGUCGUCGAAGAGCCUCAUACGUUCAUCUUGAAAUAUCCCAAAGUUGUCUUAAUCUUUCCCAUCCCCAAGGAUCGCGGUCCCAAGUCUUCUACCAUUGCCUACCUACCUAGCCAAAAUGGAUACGGUAUCACAAGAACACCCUCUCUCACCGAGACCGCCGCGGUCAAAACGAGGUCGUUUAUCGCUAGCUUGCACACAAUGUCGCAAGCGAAAAGUGCGAUGCGACGCGACAACGCCCAAGUGCCGCAAUUGUGUUCUUCGCGGCGACGAGUGUGAGACCUUCGAUCCGCGAAGGCCAAAUGGUCCGGCUGUGCGCAAAUGGCCACACAAGAGCUCACAAAGCACAUCUACAAUAUCACCGAUUCAGCGCCGAGCUUCAAUUGCGACCGCGAGCCAACAGAGCUCUCCCGCGUCUUCGAUCGUGGGGUCGCAACAUGCAGGGAACAAAGAUAGGAAUCCGUCGUGGAUUGAGCGCGCAUACCAGGAGAGCCAGAGCACGCCCGAUAGCGGUACAGAUGUGCACACGAACGACAGUCCUGAUGUGGUCAUGAACACUGAUGAGUCGUCUCAUCGCAUCAAGUACAUGGGCUCCAGCAGCCUACAAUGCCUCACCCGAUUCAUCGAUCUUUUCCUCCAGCGGCGCGGUUUUGACCCAAUUGGCAGACAUUUCCGAUGGGGAAUGUGCUUCACAGAAGAAUAUGCCCUUCCAUUAGUGCCAAUCCUCCCAGAUCUUCCCAGCAUGUCAGUCAUGGAGCCCUGCUUGAAGAAAUACUUCAGUCGCACGCACCCUCUCGUCCCCGUCCUCGAUCAUACAGCCUUCAUAUCCGACGUUCUGCGAUUUUCCGAGAUGCAACAGACAUCCCCGACCGGGCUACAGGGCGCGGUGACUUCAGUGGAUGCGCCAGCCCUUGUCGCAGUGUACGCUGUGCUGAGCAUCGGAAUGGACGACCACGAAGGUCAAAUAUCGCCAACGGCUACUGGCUAUCUUACUGGGGCUUAUUCCCUAGUGAGUCACCUGCUGAGCUUCCCAUAUAUGAGCUCAGUACAAGCGCUUGUGUUACUCGCAAUUGCAAUGCGUGCAAGAGGGAAGGACGGCCAAUGCUGGCACCUCCUUGGCCAGGCUAUACGAAUUGGCUACUCAAUAGGCUUCCAUCGCAAGAUCGUCAUAUCGAAUCCGAACGAAGAUUCCGGCAACCAAGUCGACCGACAAUUACAUUCCCGGGUCUGGUGGGCGUGCUAUGCUUUGGAGAAGUCCAUGCAAUUGGAGACCGGUCGGCCGAGCGCUAUUGAGAUCACCGAUUGUGACCAACCGUUGCCCGACAAAACCAGCGGCCUCGAUCCUUGUUUCAUCAGAUGGGUCUCGCUCUCUUUGCUAGUCGGUAAGAUUAGCGAGCACAUCUUCCAGCGUAGAGCAGAGUCUGCCUUGGAGUUCCUGUCUGGCAUCUCGGAGCUGGAUCAGGCCCUUGUAGAUUGGCUUGAUGAGGCGUCGGAAGACGCAAAAGCGAAUCAGAACGCCUCCAAAAGCUCAGAAGAGCGGUCAUUUGCCGUUUUUCUGUCUCUUCAAUUCCACCAAGCUCAAAUCACUCUUCUACGAGCAUCUCUCCUCUUCCCCGAGGCCUCUUUCAGCAACGAAGUGCAAAAGCAUGAGACCAAGAUUAGUACAACACGACUACUACAAAGCCAAACAACCUGCGUGGAAGCCGCAAGGUCAAUCAUAACACAAGUCGCAGAGUUUGCAGACUCGCAGCCUGACUUUCUUCUUCUGACGCCUACGCCGACCUUCCUUGCCGCCACAACACUCGCGCUGCAGACAUUCAAGAAGCCUCAUAAGCGCAUGGGCCGCAGCGACGGGGAACUUGUGCGCAUCGCAUCGGACUAUGUGGCAGACUGUUAUCGAAAAGUUGGGCAACACAGCGAAUUCGUGAAAGGCGUGCUCGAGUUGACGCAGCGGGUGAACCAAGUCUUGUCUGGCGAUAAUAGCUCUUCUGUUGAUCAAACACAAAGACCUCAGCAAGACUUGCCGACCACAAAUAACGACCAGAGAAUGUUAUCACCGAAUCAAUUCGGCGACGUCGCGACCGAUUCGUUCGUGUUUGAUCCCUUAGAGUACUUUCAGGAUCCCUUCCAGGCAAUGCCUUUAGACCACUUCUGGGCUGUGAUGGAGAGCGAUUUUGCCACGAUUGGAGAUCAAGGGAUGUGCUGAGAUGGCGCAUGAAUGGUCUAAAGAUUCCCCAAGUUUAUCAUGAACUUACCUAAGCAUAUUAUGACUUCGGAUUAGAUACCCUGUGUAGUAAUGAAUUGACGAGAGCGUCUGCUUUACAUACCUG